AUGCAUUGGCCCUGUUGGGCAGAACGCAACGAAGAGCUUCUCAGCACGGGUCUGGUACUGGUUGGUCAAGAAGCUGGUAUCAAAAUCUCGGUCCACAGAGUACAUGAGCGGCAGUGUAUUUGCGCGCACCGAAGAUCUAUACACGCCACUCAAGGUCCGCCAUACUUCACACUCGAUGCAAUCCAAGAAUGCAAAUGGCCUGAGACAGAUUCGGAGCCUGAAGAAGAGGAGGACGAAGAAGAAGGCUAUUAUUACGAAUAUGAGAGAAGGGGCCAGAAGGUCAAUGGCAAAUCGCAUAUCAUGACCAUCCUUCGAGUACUCAAGAUCAAAAAGAACCACGAUACCAGCCUCGCUGACAAAACAUCGACCAGCACCAUACCAUCUAGAAACAUUGUUCACGGGGAAAAGAUCCGCAACACCUUGCUUUAG